AUGCGGGCCUUCUCCAUUAUUUUGACAGUGCCGCGAGUGCUGUGUCUCGAGGAAGGACCGACCAUUGCUUUAAAGGAAGUAGCCACCACCCCCGCCCCAGUCGGUACAAAUGAUGUUCAUCAUCAGAAAAAGAAAAAGGCCAAAAGGGCUAGGAGAGUAGAGCAACAUCAUAUUGUUGAAGAAGAUGGUGAAGGGCGAUUCACAAACUCGGAGACGAAACAUCUCCCUCAGGCUAAGGCCCAACACGCAGAUUCGCAGCAAGCGGAGAAGGAACGACCGUGCGCUCCAUCACCGUCGCCAGUCGUCUGCAGUAUCGUCGACGGCGGUGAAUCUCAUCUUCAAGUCUGUACCCCGUCGACGAAAAAUAAGAAAACUAAACCCGAAAGAAAUGAGCAUCGGGCUUCAACGAAAAACCGAGUGCGUGAUAAAGAAUCCUCUCAAUCAAAGAAGAAGAAGUAUCGAGAGGGUCAGCAACCCUCGCGCAGAAAAUGUUCCUCGCCCGUUAUACAAGUGCAGGGAUGUGGGGUGGCCACACCACAGGAAGUCGUCUCAAAUACAUCGUUUGAUACGGAUCCACCCAGCACUAGCGAGGAUGAUAACAGCGAGCAGGGCGAGCGAGCAGACUUCAACAGUUUCUUAUGCCAAGAGGCGGACUCUGCAGAGGAGGGGACCUUAUUUCAUCGUCUCCGGGCUCGUACUAACCUAGCACUAUCCAAGGCUGAACUCAACGUGACUCGGUUUCUUUCCAAUCACUACUCAUUUUUAUAUUCUAAUCUAACAAAUGAAACGGGACGGGCUAAUUUUAGGGAAUAUUUUCACGCAGGCUUUGAACAUUUUAUUGAGCUAAUUUUAGAAAAAGAAGUUCAACACAAGGUUUUCGUACGCUCUUCAGAGUACGCGAAACGCGUCAAUAAGGCUCAGUGCCUAGAAAGCGAGUACGCCCGAAAACAAGAGGCUAUCGCUCUUGGCGAAAAGGCAACACAAUUCAUGGAUGAGGCCCUAAUAAAAGUUAAAGAAUUUCGCACAAUUGUGCACUCGGCAGUAGAAGACUAUACCAAAGACAUAAACUAUACAAUGUUAGAUAGGGCCGCGUUUGAUGCGGAGGUUCAGUCCGCCAAAGAUCUGACCAAAAAGAUUUUUGCUCUCGUACUCAAAGCUCAACGAGUUUACGAGAAUGAAGGGGAAAAAGGGCAAUGUUUUGGGUGCGCCGAGAGAGAACUUAAAUUUAAAAGUAAUGAUAAGAUCCUCGGGAAAUGCCUGUUUGUUUCUCGGUUGCCAAGAGAACUAAGGCAGCUUGAAAUAUUCCCUAAAACCGAGAAAGAACGUGAGAAUGAGGCUCGUCUUCAGCGAGAGAAAAUCGAUUUAAACGGUCCGGAGCAGGGCGUCCGAAAACCGACCUUGCCCGGUAAAAUCCCGACUGGAGGUAAGCGGUCGAUGAUCGGCAUCAAGAACAUCAAAUGA